AUGCUCGAACGAGCGGGCAGCUGCCUCGAGAGCGCGGGACGGCGUAUCCUCCGAGAUUCCAAUGGCGCCCUGCGAAGUCGACGGUCUCUUUCUCGUCACUUCUGGAAAUAUAACACCUCACGCGGCGAUGUUCCAGGCUGGUUCGUCGCGCUAGUACAACCUUCAGCUCAGCAUCACCCGUCCUACCUUCGAUUCUCUCAGCCUGAGACAAAAGCCGCCAAUGAUAGAGAUCCGCCGGUUCUCGACUUCCUUUGUCCUCAACAACCCCAAGACCUCGCGGCAUUGCGGCCGUCACGCCAGUCAAAACGGCUGGGGCUGCGCCGAAGGAGAAAGGCACUAGCAGGUUUUUCGAGGUCUUACACCUCAGAUGCCUCGUCGAUUCUUAAGGAAACGUCCAAGGAUGAGUUGCAGGUACCAGAGACAAUAUCGGAAUUAGAAGGAGUGGAUGUACCCACACAAGCAACACAGCAUCUUAUCGAGCUGCUUAAAAAGAAAGGUGCCGAUUUCGAUCGAGCAUGGUCGCAGCUCAAGAAGCUCAAGAGCCCUUACCUUCAAUCUUCGAAGUUGAUUGCAAUAUGCGAGCAAGCUAUUUCAAAGGGAUUUGGGUCUGCUUGCUGUGCUCUGGUUUUUGCAUCGUUUUGGACAGCUCACAAUUGGCACCGCGCGCUCGAAGUUUGGACUUUGGUAUCACAACCUAGCACCAAGGAUGGCCAAUCCCCGAGCAAUCAAUUAUUCGAUCACCUCAAGCAAGGUAGACUCUUUUGGGAUGCCAUGUCGCUGGCUAAGUUUAUCGAACAUUGCCCGACCAACACUACCGCCCGUGAUUUCGCGGAUUUUCUUCUUUGGCGCAUUUUCAGUGCUCCCCACGCUCUGCGAGAUGCUUCCUUGAAUAUCUUAAUAGACAACCUACACAAGUACCAUGAGCUGGGGCUUUUGAGGGCAAAUCACUACUUGAGGUUGAUCAGGACGUUUCAGGCUGACGACAAGAGAUCAGUCUUUACUCGAUCGAUUGUGGUUUACCGCAUGAUGCGUCGACAACAACCGGAUUUAAUACCACCUCGAAGCCUAUUUGAGAAACAGCUGCGUGCUAUGGCUUCCUUUGGUAUCACCAAUGGGGUCAAGUUUUUUCUCGACGAAUGGUCCCACUUUUACGGAAAACCGUCAAUUGACUUAUACAAGCAUGCCUUGAUUGCGUUCUCGCGCGUAGAAGGCGUUGAACAGGUCAAUCUCAUAUUCAACAAGUGUGUGGAAGAUCACCCACCGACGACUCUCAGGAUUUUUACCCCACUUCUCGAUGCUCACGCGCGGACUGGUAACAUAGAGGAGACACGAAGGCAAUUUCAACGCAUCUCGAAGGAUUUUCAGCUGAAACCAAAUACUGUGUGCUGGAACAUUCUUCUGAAGGCCCAUGCUAAUGCGAAAGAUGUGAAUGGUGCUCUUGCGACGUAUUUGCAGAUGCGUCGUGCUGGGAUUCAUCCUAAUUCUCACACAUUUGGCACCUUGAUGGGCCUUUUUGCGAAUCAAGGGGAUAUUGAUAAUACACGAAAGCUUCUCACUGAGGCUGAAAAAUGCCGGGUGUCGAUUACAGCACCAAUGCUCGACACCAUCGUGCAGGUGUAUUGCAAGAACGGAAUGUUGCAGCAAGCAGAACAAUUCGCAGAUGCUUGUCUAGCUUAUGAUGUUGAAGGCCCACGAACCAGAAUGUGGAACAUCCUCAUGUUCCAACACGCUUUCAGAGUAGAUUUGAACUCUCUCAACCGAAUUUGGGAGCGGAUGGUCAAGGCCGGGACACGCCCUGAUGCGAUGACUCACGCCGCGCAUCUUCUCGCCCUGGUUCUAGUUGGCAAAACAGAUGAAGCCCGGGAAUUCUUGCGAAAGCUUCACAAGAGGCGCACCAUUCACGUGACAGAGUACCACUACGCCAUUAUUCUAUACGGAUAUGUGAAGAAACGCAAUAGGGACAUGGUGCACAUCAUCUUUGGUGAAAUUGAGAAUCGUUUCGGUCAAGCAGGGACCCGCUCUAGUCUUCUGAAACUCCGGGGCCAGCUGGAACAUGAUCUGGAGCUGGCACAAGAGACUAAGCAGCGUGGCCCAGAUCUACGCUUGGAAAAUGCGGAACAAACUUUGCUUGAGAUCAUCGGCCAGGUUCAGGUCCCGAAGACAAUCGGCCUUUCCUCCUUGUCUAAACCCGGAGAACCACUCGGGAGCCCUUCUACUUGCACCGUGGCGCAUUUCGAAUACCUCAUCAAGGAAUAUGGCUCAAAAGGCGCCUUCAAGCGAGCUCAAGAGCUAUACCAACAAUAUAUGGAAUCUAGGAAGCUUUCAAGCCCGAAUGAUGAAAACAUGCCCAUUGGCCUGGUCACUGCCAUGAUGCAUGCUCACCUGACAGCGGGACACUACAAGGAUGUUGAAGAGUGCUGGAAAUUUGUCUUCCCUAACGCGAUCAAAAAGGCCAGCUCUAUUGAUAUUGACCAAACUUUCACUAUUCCGCCAGCGACCGAAACCUCAACCGCAACCCAUGGCUUGCCCGAACGCCCCUCGUCAUCAAGCAACCGUGAUCCCUUUUCUGCCUCUCAAACGCCGCUUGCCAAGCCGACAAUCAUCUUCUCGCAACGCUUCAUUCUCUCGCGGGCGCUCGGUGUUUAUAUGCGCGCCAUGGCUUAUCAAAAUGAACCAGAAAAGAUAUUGACCACGGUGCCCCAGUAUGAGGCUGCUGGGUUCCAAAUGAACACUUUCAACUGGUCAACUUACGUACAGAUGCUGGCAGCGUCUGACCGUGACGUCGACAUAGCUGAAGCUUUCCGCACAUUUGAAACCAAGUUCAUGCCUCAUUUCCCGGGAUGGAGGCGGCUUCAAUUAGGACAUGGUUUUCGACCACACGGUGCACCCUUGACAAUCAUGGCGAUGGAGGACCCUCGAGUUCCUCCACCAGGACCACGUUUCCUCGGCAAGUUGUCCAAGCAAUACUGGAGCCGGAUUGAUCCUACCUUUAUCCAGCCUACCUAUGUGUCAAUGGUGUACCUUUCUGCUGCCCUCGAUCGAGUCCGAGAACAAAGUAUUCUGAAUGAUGGCAAGGAAUUGGAGAAGCUCUAUGAAGUUGCCCCAAGCACAAUUGAUGAACUCGGAAGGAUGCCUUAUCUGCGUGACAAAUUCCAAGGCGUGUUGCUUCGCCAUCGGUCUGAGCAGCCUGACAAAGAACCUAAAAAGCGCCCCUACCGACAGUCUGUCGAGCGCGGUGGUGUCCUUGGCCUCAGCAUACCCAAAAAAGAGAAGUCUGUUGCCCGCCGCGAAUGGGCAAAGAAGGACCAAGCCCGCCUCGCCCAGUCGCCGGUUGGUCUGAAAACUGGACGAGCCCGACAUGUUCAUGCUCAAUUUGAGAGUGACCUUUGGGAUCUUGAAGAGGAUGUUCUUAGUCCGGAAGAUCGGUAUGAUUAUGAUCGUGCUAUACAAGCCCGCGCCCAGCGCUUCCAGCGGAAUUUGGCACACAUCCAACGCAUGAGUUCAAAGGCAGCACAAGAUACGCCGCCUGCCGAGUUGGCCGAGGAAAAGCCGCAGGCAAAAUCCCAACGCAAUGCUCCGGCCAAAUGA